AUGUUUGCCCCUGGCUCUGCUCUGACAUUGGAGCCAGCCUGGCAAACAACAGGAGCAACAGGAAGCCUCCAGAACCUGAAGAAAUUUAAUAACCAGGACUUCGACCGCCUGCGAGCCUUGUGUCUGAGCCAAGGACUGCUUUUUGAGGAUGCCACCUUCCCCACUCACGUCAGCUCCAUUGGACUGAACCUGCUCCCAAACGAUAAGCUGCGGCAAAUAAAAUGGAAGAGGCCAACUGAACUUCAGAGAAAUCCAUAUUUGAUUCUGGAUGGAGUUAGCAGAUUUGAUAUCAUGCAAGGAGAAAUAGGUGACUGCUGGAUGCUGUCUGCCCUGGGCUCCCUGACACUGCAGAAGCAAUUUCUGGAAAAUGUUUUACCAAAGGACCAAGGAUUCCAGGAAAAUUAUGCUGGGAUUUUUCAUUUCCGGUUCUGGCAGUAUGGAGACUGGGUGGAUGUAGUGAUAGAUGACCGGCUGCCAUUCUUAAAUGGAAGAUACCUGUCUGUACAACCUCGAACGUCAAAUGAAUUCUGGCCAUCCUUGCUGGAAAAAGCAUAUGCCAAGUUACGUGGCUCCUACCAGAACUUGCAUGGAGGCUACAUUUCUGAUGCUUUAGUAGACCUCACAGGUGGAGUCCAAGUGCAGUUUUCUUUGAAGGAUCCCCCUCCUGAUCUGGAGGAGAUAGUGAAAGCAGCUGACAAAUCUAAGUGUCUGAUGGGUUGUAGCACCUCAGGCCAGCUGAGGAACAUAGAGCUGAGGAAUGGGAUUGUACAGGGUCAUGCCUACACUAUCACAGGAGUUGUGAAGAUAGGCUACAAGAAUGGCUGGAAACACCUCAUCAGGAUUUGGAAUCCAUGGGGCCAUGGGGAAUGGAAGGGGCCCUGGAGUGAUAACUCUCCUCAGUGGGACCAUGUUGAUUCUAAAAGCAGAGAAACCCUCCUCAGAAAUAAGGAUGAUGGAGAAUUUUGGAUGUCUUGUGAAAACUUUCAGGAGCAGUUUUCCUGGUUGUAUAUAUGUAACAGCACCCCAACGUUUCUUGACUUUGGAGAUCAGCCCUGCACAACAUGGUCCGUGGACAGACACAUCAAUCUGUGGAGUCCAGUCCUUGCCACAGGCAGGAACAAUUAUUCCUCAGGUGCAGUUUCAAUGAACCCUCAGUAUUUCUUCAAAGUGCCAGAUUAUGACCCGAAAACCUACAAUGUAGUCAUUUCACUCAUGCAAAAACAUGCUGAGGAUAUGCAGGAUGCAAAGAACCUGAAGAUUGGCUUUUUGAUCACCACGGAGAACUCCGAAGUUCUGAAACAAAGUUUUUCUCUGACUCGAGACGUUACCAACUACUUUAUCUUGAGCGCAGGAACUUACGCUGUCAUUCCUUCUACAACAGAGAAACAAGAAUUUGAAUUUCUCUUACGAAUUUUUGUGAAGAAUCAAGACUACAAUGAGAACUCAAACUCCCUGUCCAGCCCAGUGCUGCCAAUGGGCUCAGCUAUUGAUGCCUCGCAGCUGCAACAACUCCUUAAUGAAGUGAUCCUGCAAGAUGAAAUGACCAGCCUGGGAGGAACAUUCAGCUUUGAUUCAUGCAGAGGCAUUUUAGCUCUGAUGGAUCUCAACUCGAACGGACAACUGACACUCCAGGAGUUCGGGAGCCUCUGGCGAAGUCUCACUAAGUACAUGGAUAUCUUCAGCAAGGAAGACAAAAAUAAUUCUGGAUUUCUUGAUGUGUCUGAACUGAAGAGUGCGAUACAGACAGCAGGUCUGCCCACUAAUGAGCAGCUCCUGCGCCUGAUGGCUUUGCGGUACGGUGAUGCUGCCAGGAGAAUCGGCUUCUCUGACUUCGUGUGCUGCAUGCUGCGCCUCGAAACCAUGACCU